AUGCAUUGCGGCAUUUUGCUUUUCUUUAUCCUCAUUGCUUAUGGAGCUACUGCUGAAGACACUUGUCCUCCAACUGAGAUCAUGAAGCUUGCUGAGCUUUAUACCAACCCACACCUGCAUGCGUGCGGGAACAUGUCGGCAAAUUUCUCCAUCGCUUUACCUACUGACUCCCAAGUGAAAGCCAUGUGUACUUUCGAUACAUGUCGUGCACUGAUCGAGGACGUUCUCGCAUUGAAACCUGCCGACUGCUACCUGUCUUUUGCUGAGGUGAAGCUCAAUGCGUACAAGCUCGCUAGUAAUUUCAAGAAUGUGUGCGAGACUAAUAUGGACAAAAAGAACGGGAGCUGGAAGUUGCAACCGACUGUGAAGCCCAGAGACACGACAUCAGCGCCAAAGGGCGAUACUGGACACCACCUCAAACAGGAAGAGCUAAAAUUUGUCAAAGACGUCAACGGGACGCAUCUUGUUGGAGCCAAUACUACGAAAAAUGCAGACGAGUUGAAGCCCCCAAUACACACCAAAGCAAAAGAACUCUUUCCGUUUGCAAACACGACGUACAAGGCGACUGGUCGCGAAACGUUUCCAUAG